AUGCGCGCCCCCGCGUCGUCCACGCUCCUCGCCGCCGCCGGCCUGGCCCUCUGCUGCCUCGCCGCGGCAGGCCCGGCACCCGCGCCGACCCCCGCGCCCACGGCCGCCUUGGCCCGCCGCAACGACUUGACCAUCCGGCCCAGCGCCAGCUUCAUGACGGUCGACCCCACGGCUCCCUGGGUCUCCGUCAAUGACGAGGGCCAGCCCGUCAAGACGGUCACGCCCUCCGUGGCCACCGUCAGCGGCACCCCCUCGGUCGUCGACGGCGCGCCCCACGACCUCACGGCCUCCGUCUACUCCUGGACCAGCUACGGCCUCAUCACCACCAGCACCGGCGCGCCCCCGAACCCCACGGCCACAAAGGCCUCGACCCCCGAGGGCGCCUUUUCCCGCUGCUUCAACCAAAAGGACGACUUUGCGCCCUUUUGCCGCCCCUUGUACAACUCGACCCUCCUCACCAGCAACACCUUCUACAUCACUUGGGACCCCGACUUCUACAACCACACCCGCGACAACACCACCUACGAAGUCGCCGUCCGUCUCGACUACCUCAACAAGACGAGCAAUCAAAUGAUCAAGCUCGACACCUACGAACGCGUCCCCGCUCACUGGGGGUACUGGCCCUUCAAGCUCACCCCCGACCACCUCAUGGGCCAGGCCUCUAACAACGUCACCAUCACCCUCCUCGUCUCCCCCCACGGCAGUGGCGAGAAGAACCAGUCCGUCGCCCUGCCCGUCGUCCUUGCCCGCCCCACCCUCGGGCCCCCGACUCCGAGCCUCCCCCCCAACCGCUCCGCCAUCCUCAUCGCCCUGCCCGUUUCCCUCGGCGCCUUUCUCCUCAUCCUCGUCGGCCUCUGCCUCUGGCACCGCCAGACCCGCCGCAUCAAGCUCGGCAACGUCAUGGGCCGUGCCCGCCACGGCUACUCGGGCCGCGCCCACCGCCGCCUCUUCCGCUCCGCCCACGGCGCCGACAAGGAUCGCGGCAUCCAGCUUGACACGGCGCCCCUGUCCCCCCCGCCCGCCGACUACCGCGACGACGUCGACCGCCCCCGCCGUGACAGCGAUGCCCUCGGCAGCCUCGCGGGAAGCCCCGUCAAGGACACCUUUGACGCCCAGGGCCCUGGCGCCGGCGAUGGCAAGAAUGCCUUUCGGGACGAGAUGAGGCGCCAGGCGCGGGAGAGGCGAGGCGGGUAUUAA